CCGAGGUAUAGCGGUACGAGUAUGCCUGUGAUAGUGACAUCACGCAGCAUCAACAAGACUUGAACAAGCUUUCGAAUCCAAUCGUAUAAAGAAAGAUACAUGCUCGAUGGCACCUUCACUGUCAUAAGAUUACAUUAUCGUCUUUACUGAUAUACAUAGAGGUCCAAAAUGCCUCACAUGAAAUGGUGAGAUCGGAACUUCAGUUGAAACGUUCCUUGACAUAUGCAUGGCUUCUAAUGCUGUUAUAGGCCACCUCAAAUAAAAAACAUUCAGGUCUUCGGCGAAGUCACAGACAGUAUGUCAAUAUCUCAAUAUCUCCAAAAUCUCCAGAUCAUAUUCAAAUCCUCAUCAAUUAGUUUCUGGCCGUAGAUAUCCUCGUGACAUAGGUCGACCUGUUUACAUUGGAGGCAACACCUACUACCUCUUUGGUGACACUUUCUGCCACAAUUCCUCAAACCAUUUCGUCGGAGUUUCCAACAACACCAUUGCCUACGUACCAGACCCCGAGAAUGAUCCAUUGACCUGUACAUAUAUGCACGACGAUGCACAUCAACCCUCAUUUAUUCCCCAUACACCUAGUGAAGAUGAGUAUGAGAAGGAUCCAACGAAUAAAGAAAAGAUUAACAGGGUUGUCAAUUGGGCUUUUGGAGGCAUCAUUGAAGAAUUCCCAGGGUCGAGGGAUGGAUGGGUAUUUUACGAAAAAAUGCUUACGGUGAGUUCUUUCAAUUAAAAUGGGAAUUGCUCAUGGAGAAUAAUUUGACUGACAAGAUAUAAAGCAUGGGUCUACGGCUGGCAAGAGAUUUGGUGAAGGUGUUGCUCGUGUGCAAGUUCAACCUGACAAUUCUUUGAAAGUGGACCGAUUGAUGGUGAGUUAUUUAUUUUCCGAAUUUUCUGCUGAAAAUAUGAUGGCCAAUUUGUUAGGAGCCUUGGAUUAAGAAGCUCUUUCCGUCUCUUGACAUUCGCCCUUGAGGCUUUAUUCCGAGAUGAAUCACUCACAAAUGUAGGGCGACAAUAUCCUAUUCGGAGAGAACGAGCCACAAUUUGGCAUAACCACUCACGUAGUUGGAGAUGAUGGCUAUAUCUAUCUUUUAGGUGCCAAAGAUGCACCAUCACCAACCCUUGAUCUGAAGAACCAUUGGGCUCGCAUCCGGUCGGGUUCUGAUUUUACCUUGCGAGAAAAUUAUGAAUUUCUCAUUCAUACUCUCGAUGGGAAGAGCAAAGUAUGGGAUCGCUCAUACUCACUUCAUCAACUAGUCAACGUGAUUCCAGUUCAAGCACAAGGAGCAAUAAUCAAAGUUCCAGAGCUAGCACCAAAAGGACGACCAUAUCUUUGGUUUGGUAACAACAAAUUUCCAGCCAAUAAGAUAUAUAUUGCAUGUGCGCCACAACUUGAAGGACCAUGGGAAGAAUGGGAAGGACCUGAGAUUCCUGCAUUUGGCGGAGGUGGCCUAAGAUAUACUUUAUAUCCUCAUGAGAAAAAUUGCCAACCUGUGAUGGGGGAAAUGAGAAUUAGUUGGAGCGAUGACAAACAGAUGGGUGGAAUGGUUAUACAAGCUAUGUUAAAGUUUGCUAUGGAGGGAGAGGAUGAAGAUGGCCAAAAUAUUGGACCAGUACGGAAGUCUAGUGGCGGCUGGAAGAAUAAAGCAAAGGGGUUUUUAAACUCGCUCAGUUAGAGCAACUCAAAUGGCUCACUACUUGCUUAUCUUUCGAUCUUACAGAUCACUUUGGUCAACUCUUUGAAGUUACCUCGAAGCCUCCCAACUGCUGAGAAUUCCUUUGACAUUAAUUUAUGUUCGGUAGUGUGAAAUAUGCUGCUAGUUGCACAGAAAAGUUACCUGGCUUAGUUUUAGGUGUUUUUCACCGGGAAAAAAGAGUUUACUCGAUGUAACAAAUCAAAGCAAGAGAUUUAACACGUCCAAUCGGUGGUUGAUCUAACUGAAGAAACCUCUCAACGUCUCGAAAAUCUUAGAGAAAAAUAUGGUGAGGCCAAUAUUGGUGAACACCUACUCAUAGUGACCGAUUUCAAGUUCAAGUCAGAGCACAUGGGAUGGUCCAGAUAAUCCUCAAGAUCCUUACAAUUGGCCAUCGUGGCGCAAGAUUAUAACUGACUUCAUAUUUUCCCUAGGUCAGCUAGUGACUUUCAUAUCAGCUAGUAUGAUUGGAGCUGCCCUCGGAAACAUCUCUCGCGACCUCCACAUCAACAACUAUACUACUCGAAUUAUAUUCUCUACUUAUUUUCUUGGUCUAGCCAUCGACACCUUCUUUGCUGCAGGUUUCUUUAAAAUUAACGGCCGAAAAGGCAUAUGGUUAUUUUGCAAUGCAUUGUACAUUUUGUGGAAUGUUCAUUGUCUUUUAGGUAACUCACAGGCUUUGAUGAUUAGGGAUAGACUCAUGAUGGGAAUAGGUGCUAGCGGUGGUAUCACAGUAUGUAUUAG